AAAAUGGUCAGAGAAGUCGAGUUUCCAGCUGAGAGAGGAACACUGAGUUUUGGCGCUUACAGUUGAAGUCGAGUUUCCAGCUGCAACAUAGUGGGUUGGAGGAGGAGGAAUAACAAUGGGAGAAGAAGCAGAAGAGGUAAUUGAACUCCAACCCGACGCAUCUAUCCCCAACGAAAUCGAAGAGUAUUCCUGGCCCGUCCUUCGUUUCGAUGUCUCUCCUCAUAGAACCUACCAUUUCCAUCAACAGUUCACUUCUCCCACUAACCCUAACAAUUUUCUCAAAGCUGUUAAAUGGUCACCGGAUGGCUCUUCUUUCCUCACCUCUUCCGACGACAACACUCUCCGCCUCUUCACUCUACCGGGCGCUGAUAGUGACAUUCCUCUUGAUACUUCCGACUACCAAGAUUCUUAUGCUGCAAGUUUAGUCAUGAGUGAAGGAGAGUCUAUACAUGAUUUCUGUUGGUAUCCUUACAUGUCUGCCUCAGAUCCGGUGACCAAUGUUUUUGCGACUACUACUCGUGACCAUCCCAUACAUCUAUGGGAUGCUACAUCAGGCCAGUUACGCUGCACAUAUCGGGCAUAUGAUGCUAUGGAUGAAAUUACUGCUGCUUUUUCUGUUGCUUUUAAUCCUUCUGGAACAAAGAUAUUUGCCGGAUACAACAAAUGUAUUAGGAUGUUUGAUUUACAUCGCCCUGGUAGAGAUUUUAAAUUGCAUUCAACAGUAAAAGAUAAAAAAGAAGGCCAAACAGUCUAUAUUAAUGCAGGUAUUAUAUCUGCAUUGGCUUUUUCUCCAUCUCAUACUGGGAUGCUAGCUUUGGGUUCUUAUAGCCAAACUACUGCUAUUUAUACGGAAGAUAACAUGGAGCUUUUGUAUGUUUUGCAUGGUCAAGAAGGCGGAGUUACACAUGUCCAGUUUUCCAGAGAUGGUAAUUAUUUAUAUACCGGAGGUCGGAAGGACCCUUAUAUACUGUGCUGGGAUGUGCGCAAAGCUGUUGAUUGUGUCUACAAGUUGUACAGAUCUGCGGAAAACACCAAUCAGCGGAUACUGUUUGAUAUUGACCCUUCUGGGCAGCAUCUUGGUACAGGCGGCCAGGAUGGUUCAGUGCAUAUAUACGAUCUUCAAACUGGGCAGUGGGUGUCAAGUUUCGAGGCUGCACAAGAUACGGUUAACAGCUUCUCUUUCCAUCCAUUUCUGCCCCAUGCUGUGUCAUCCUCAGGCCAUCGUAGAUUUGUAAUACCAGAUGAGAACGAUGAAGAUUUGUGUUUGAGUGGUCGUGAAAAUUGUGUCUCAGUUUGGAGUUUCUGUUAUGAUUCAAAGAUGGAGGACUUCAAGGGCGAUGACAGUUUCAAUAAUCAGUCUGGAAGUGGAUCCUUUGACUAAAAUUCCGGCAAAACAAUGAUUUUUAAAUGUUGGCAAUGAUCAAAACGGGUCAUUUCCUAAUUGUUCAUUAUUUGACAAUUAGCUGAUCUAAAUUUUGAAUAUAUAAUUUAUACUUGUAAAUUGCCAACUUCGUAGAGAGAGGACUGUGAAGUUCAGCUUGUCAUUUUGUUGGGUGAUAUUUGCCGCUGCUCUUUAUUCAGAAGCCUAAGUUUCAAGGAUUUGGAUUGCAUGCAAUCAACAUUAUGUGCAUUCAUGUAGUCAGUUGGUGGUUGUUGGAUCAAGAUUUACAUGCCUAAGUUUCAAGGAUUUGGAUUGCAUGCAAUCAACAUUCAUGUAGUCAGUUGGCGGUUGUUGAUCAAGAUCAGAAAACAUUCUAAUUUUGAUUUUUUUAAUAUGAAAUACCAAGCUUAAACUUGUAUAGUCCGAUUUUGAUCAAACAGCCAUAUGACAUGAUUGUAUAAAUGAUCCAAAUCUAAGUUUUGAUCCUCACUUGAGGAGCAAAAUUCUCUAUAUUAUUAAUACAGCAAAGACCACUGAUGGACAUAGCUAUAGGGAAAAACAUGGCAGCGAAUUUGAAACUUUAUCCUGAGAAAGUUUUUGACAUACAGUUUGAUCAAUUAUUCCCUUAUCGCCAAAUGAGUUUUUGGACCA